UGUCACUCCGCAGCAGAAUCUCCAUCAGCAAGCUUAACCCCUGUGGACGCAGCACCUGUCUAAAACCACAACAAGGGCGUCUUAUCAGAAUAUAGGUCCCCCCAACACAUCGGAAAUGGAAGCGGCGUCAUCCUGCCUCUCUCAGAGCAGUUAUAGUUAUGAAGACUAUAAAGAGACAGCAGACUGGCUACUGGCUAACACAAAGCAGCGUCCUAAAGUUGCCAUCAUAUGCGGUUCAGGCCUUGGCGGUCUGGCAGAGCUGCUAGGCGACAGGAAUGUGUUCCAGUAUAAGGAUAUUCCACGUUUUCCCAUCAGCACUGUGCAGGGCCAUGCAGGUCAGCUGGUGUUUGGUAAGCUGCAGGGCCGUGAGUGCGUCUGCAUGCAGGGGAGAUUCCACUUCUACGAGGGCUACAACAUACACACGGUGACAUAUCCAGUGCGAGUCUUCUUCCUGCUGGGUGUGGAGACCCUGAUUGUGACAAACGCAGCGGGGGGACUCAAUGGCAGCUACAAUGUGGGAGACAUCAUGCUCAUUAAGGAUCACAUCAACAUGCCAGGCUUUUCAGGGCAGAACCCGCUGUGUGGGCACAAUGAUGACAGGUUUGGAGUGCGUUUCCCGUGCAUGUCGGAUGCAUACGACGGUGAGCUGAGGGCUUUGGCCAAGCAGACAGCAAAGGAGCAGAGUUGCGACAGCUUUCUACAGGAAGGAGUUUACUGCAUGCUGGCUGGACCGACAUAUGAGACCAUCGCAGAGUGCAAAGUCCUGCAGACGCUGGGGGCUGACGCUGUGGGUAUGAGCACUGUGCCUGAGGUGGUGGUGGCUCGUCACUGUGGCCUGCGUGUCUUGGGUCUUUCGCUCAUCACCAACAAGGUUGUGACAGAUUAUGACAGCACUGAAAAGGCAAAUCAUGAGGAAGUACUGAGGACUACCAGGCACCGCACAGAGGACCUCCAGAAUCUCGUCAGCCACCUCAUCAGCAAGAUCUAAUACCAAAAAACAAAUCCAGCUUCAUAUUUUAGUCACAGUGAUAGUUAGAUUUGAACAUAAGGUAAUCGGUGUAUGCACACACACAAGAUAAUCUGGUUAAUGUGGGUCUGUUUUGAUUUUUUGGUUAUUGUAUAGCUAACAUGAUUAGCCUGGGGGUGAAGUUCUGAGGUAUGGAGUUCAUGAAAAAUGUUGUUGUGACAGUCGGAGGUGUCUGAUAUAGCUCUAAUGUCCACAGCACUAGUUAGGUAAAAUAUUGGCUUAUAUGUCCAGUUACCUAAUUGGUGCUAAUAGAGCAUAAGUCAUACAGUAUAGAUCAUGUCAGCCUGGGUUUUGGUGCAGUUUUCAUGUCUUGCUGAGGGCGUGGAUUUACUUGAUUUAUUUUUAUUUAGUUUGGUUUUGCCUGCUAAUCUGGGGCUUGCAAUAAUAAGAGGAAUAAUAAGGGGAAUACCAGGAUAUUUGAACCAGGCUGGUGAGCAGAGUCUCACUGGCCUCUUUGGUAGCAAGUUUGAGUAUGCUCCAUUGAUAGACCACAGCACACAUCACCGUUGCCUUGGGUUAGAGUGGCGAAACACAAAAAGACUCAGACAUCUCUAACAGCUACAAAACAGUAUAACAAUUGUAAGACUAUUCUAAAGUGUAUUUAUUCAACAUGCUGGAGUACGUAUGGACACAUAAAACCUCAGUCUGGUAUGAUUGUUGUGAAUGUAGAUCUUAAAGUCUUUUAUUUUCGUCGUCACUGGCAACCUUUUAUUGCAGUCUACUGCUCAGUAAUACACCUGUAUUGUUUUUGAAUACAUGCUUUACAUCCUGUUUGCCUUCAGUGAGACGUAGCAUACAACUCGCCUCUUUGAAUGCAUCAUUUUCUAGUUUAGGUGUGUUCAGAUGACACUUUGCACUUUUGCGUUUGCCUCCUCAUGUUGGUGCAGGGCUCGAACAGACAGCCCAUUACAUCUCAUAAGUUUAUCCAGAUUAUAAUCAAUGUUGCUACUAGAAGAGAAAACAGAAUAUUCCUUGUGACUAAAGAGGAUCAGUAGGACCAACUGUCAUGUACUUUUCCUUUGCUUUGUGAUUGCUUGUAAUAAUAAGUGUUCAAUAAACACUAAAUUUAGCUAUAAAUCAAGUUCAUAUAUUUAAAUUCUGAUGCGAUAAAAUCAGAGUUGCAUAUUUUUAUAAUAUAAAAAAUAUAUUAUUUUAAAUAUCUAUUGUAUUUACUGAUGUAAAACAUGCAUCAAGUAAUAUAAGUCUUGUAUCUCCAUUGAAAAAGAGAAUUCAAUUAUGUAACAGGCCUCUACUUGAACCCCUCCUGUUUAUGUAGGGUUGUGUAUUAGAGUAAUCUUUUAGAUGAGCGUUUGUAUGUAUUGAAAUCAAAUUUAUCACAAUUAAAAGCACAAUAUAAUCGAUGAGAAAUACUGAAAGUUAAAGGCUGAUUAAGACAAGCAGUCGUGAUGUAUGAAAGCUUUUCCGCAGUGGAUUGCACAGACCCGUUUUAUUUGUACAACAAGAGACCACAGCACUGUAAUAUCAAGGAGAGCUGUAUUACCCAGGCCUGCAGGUUUCAAUCUUCCCUGCACUGAUUUGGAACCUCCUGCCAGGUUCCUUUGACCGACUCAUUCAUUAGAGCUGGAAAGGCCAGAGAAAUCCUGGAUCAGCAGGUCCACCUCUUAGACCAUUUAUAUCAGGCUUAUCAUCAAGAUGCUAAUGGAAGUCUUAAAGGGGAAUUAAUCUCAGAGUGAAACCUGCCAUCAUCAAAAUGUAGAAACCAGAAAGCUGCUGCAUUCACAACUAACAGGGGAACUUGUUUAAGUACAGAUGAUUCACUUAAAGAUGAGGCUGUUUUCCCUUAUUUGCACAACUUCACAUUUUGCAAUUAAUUUCCUUCUGGUUUGUUUCCCUCAUGCUCUCAUUUAUUUGACUAAAUCCAAACAAUAUUGCAAGCUCCACCGUAUCAUUAUGCUGUAAAUGUACCUAUGUCCCUAUGUUAAUGUCUAAUUUGGAUACAAGACAAACAUGCUUUUUUUCAAACCUGCCUACUAUCAUAUCAACUGUUGUUGCUUUUUGCUGUCAAAUAAAAACUGUCUGGGUACAUAAAAA